AUGGCUAUAAGCUGCAGCAUGCAAGGGUUUCCACUACAAAGUGCUUUUCACACCGCAGCGUUUCCGCCUGCAUUAAGGUCUUUCUUCUUCUUCCUUGUCCCGCAACAAACUGCGGCGUUUCAUUUCAUUGCUUCUGAAAUGUUUCUUCUCACUCGAACUUCCACCGCAAUCAAAAUCAAAACUCAGGGGUUGACUAGUUUUGUUGCUCCAACCAUUGUUUGGAUGAGUCUCUUGUAUCUUGGAGGACACAGUAAGAACAACAGAAAGAGUGUUGUUAAAAUGUCUGCUACUGAAGUCUCAAGCUCUAGGAUAUCAAACGAGUCCUUUGCCAUAAAGCCUCCUGAGCACCCAACUUAUGAUUUGAAGGGCAUUAUCAAGUUAGCGCUUGAAGAAGAUGCUGGGGAUCGAGGUGAUGUAACAUGCAAGGCCACCAUUCCAUUUGACAUGGUGGUGGAAGCUUAUUUUUUAGCAAAGGAGGAUGGCAUCAUUGCUGGAAUAGCACUUGCAGAGAUGAUAUUUCAUGAGGUUGAUCCUUCUUUGAAGGUGGAAUGGUGUAAAAAUGAUGGUGAUUUUGUCGAUAAAGGGCUACAGUUUGGAAAAGUUCACGGACGGGCACAUAACAUUGUUGUAGCUGAAAGAGUAGUACUAAACUUUAUGCAGAGGAUGAGCGGCAUUGCAACUUUAACUAAGGCAAUGGCAAAUGCAGCAUAUCCUGCUUAUAUAUUGGAGACUAGAAAAACUGCUCCAGCUUUACGUUUAGUGGACAAGUGGGCGGUAUUAAUUGGUGGAGGUCGGAAUCAUAGGAUGGGUUUGUUCGAUAUGGUGAUGAUAAAAGAUAAUCAUAUAUCAGCAGCUGGAGGUGUUACAGGUGCCCUUAAAGCUGUUGACCUGUAUCUGGAGCAAAAUAGUGUUCAAAUGGAGGUUGAGGUUGAGACCAGGACUCUUGAGGAAGUGGAAGAAGUGUUACAUUAUUCAUCCCAAACAAAGACUUCUUUGACUCGAAUAAUGUUGGACAAUAUGGUUGUACCUCUACCAAAUGGGGAUGUGGACAUAUCUAUGCUAAAAGAAGCUGUGCAGUUGAUCAAUGGGAGAUAUGAGACUGAGGCAUCAGGCAAUGUCACACUAGAUACUGUAAAUAAAAUCGGGCAAAGUGGAGUGACCUACAUUUCUAGUGGUUCGUUGACUCAUUCUGUGAAAGCACUAGACAUCUCUCUCAAAAUAGAUACCGAAUUAGCACUCAAAGUUGGAAGGCGCACUGGACGAGCUUGA